GGAGCACGAUGGCACGGGCGGAACAGUGCUUGUGAAACUGAACACAACUAAAGUAUGGCUAUGGGAAACCAACACCCCUCCAUCAGUAGGCUUCAGGAGAUCCAGAAGGAAGUGAAGAGCAUAGAACAGCAGGUGAUCGGCUUCAGUGAUCUGUCACAUGACAAGAAUUACUAGAAGCUGGAGAGGACCCUAAUGAAACAACUGUUUGAAAUAGACUCUGUAGAUACUGAGGGGAAAGGGGAUAUCCAGCAAGCUAGGAAGAGGGCAGCCCAAGAGACAGAACGCCUCCUUAAGGAGUUGGAGCAGAAUGCGAACCACCCACACCGGAUCGAAAACCAGAACACUUUCAAGGAGGCCCGCCUCGUGAAGGAGAAGAUCAUGCCGUUCCCCAGUGGAGGCAGCUGUGUAACCGAUGAGUUUGAGGAAGGCAUCCAGGGGAUCAUCCUGAGGCUGACACAUGUCAAAACAGGAGGGAAGAUCUCCUUGCGGAAAGCGUGGUAUCACACCCUAACCAAAGUCUGUGCCGUGCAGGAGAUCAUCGAGGACUGCACCAAGAGGCAGCCUUCCCUGCCGCUUUCUGAGGAUGCACACCCUUCCGUGGCCAAGAUUAACUCUGCCAUGUGUGACGUGAACAAGGCCAGGGGCACUCUGAUUGCACUGCUGAUGGGUGUGAGCAGUAACGAGACUUGCAGGCACCGGUCGUGUGUGCUGUCGGGGCUGAUUGCCGAUCUGGAUGCUUUGGAUGUGUGCGGGCGUACAGAAAUCAGAAAUUAUCGGAGGGAAGUAGUCGAAGACAUCAACAAAUUAUUGAAGUAUUUGGAUUUAGAAGAGGAAGCAGACACUACUUAUGCUUUUGACCUGGGACAGAAUCAUUCCAUUUUAAAAACAGAGAAGGUCAAGAGAAUGAGAGAAAUAAAAAAUGAACUUCUCCAAGCACAAAGUCCUCUGGAAUUGUACCUGAGCUCCAAAACAGAAUUGCAGGGUUUGAUCAGACAGCUGGAUGAGGUAAGUCUCGAAAAAAAACCCUGCAUCCAGGAAGCCCUGGAGAAGAGUAAGGCGCUCACCUGCGAUGAGCACCCCUCCCACAGAGCAGUCUGGAGUGUCCUGGGAAACUUGUCAGAGGUCCAGGGAGAAGUUCUUUCAUUUGACGGAAAUCGAACUGAUAAGAACUACAUCCGGCUGGAAGAGCUGCUGACCAAGCAGCUGCUGGCCCUCGAUGCCGUGGACCCGCAGGGGGAGGAGAAGUGCAAGGCUGCCAGGAAGCAGGCCGUGAAGCCCGCCCAGAAUAUUCUCAGCUAUCUGGACUUGAAAUCCGAUGAAUGGGAGUACUGAAGUGCCAGCGCGCACAGCUGGGAUCACUU